UACAAGUAGUGCGGAGUGAGCUGGUAUCGUUGCUACUCUACUGUUGUAUACAAAGUUGGUGGUGAUAUCGACACAUUCAUGAGUUAUCAUCCAUUCCAUUUGUCUUCUUUUUCUGCUAUGUUUACCAAGUUUUAAAGUAAUGGGUAACGGAGUGAGUGCGAAGUCCUCCUCGACACGAGAGAGGGGGUCGCGUGUUAUGCAUGUUGUCGUCGCUGGUGCUAGGAUGAAGGGCAUGAACAACCACUCUCACGAUGAACAACAUGGAUCUAUGAGCACACGAUCACCACAGCUAACAGUACAAGGAAAAACUGUGUCAACUGUGACAAACAAGUCAGGGAAGAAAUCUUCAUCAGGGCUUCAUUGUCAACAAACUCAAUCCAAAACAAGGGAAAAAACAUCUGCACCAAGAAAUCCACAGACCAGGGUACCAGGGAAUACUUCUAAGAAAUCUGGUAAAUCCAAUUCCACUAGCACUAAGCUGGUCCUUAAGAAUGGGACAAUUCCUGAUACUAAAAUGGCAGGAUUCAAGAAGAAAAAAAAGAGUGAGACAAUCUCAAGAUCAAAUAAAACACCAAACCUUGAGGUUUCUGGGCGAGUUAGUAGAGUUAUUAGAGGAGAGAUAGACUUUAAAUGUCCAAUCAACACAAAGAUAAUCAGAAUCUUUAUGAGCUCAACGUUCACAGACACAGAGGAAGAGAGAAAUGCCUUAAUGGAGAAAGUGUAUCCUAAGCUCAAAGAAUUCUGCAAACAAAAAGGCUAUGAAUUCCAGGUAGUGGAUAUGCGCUGGGGAGUGAGGGAUGUUGCCACGGAUCUGCAUGAGACCACUGACCUCUGUAUCCGUGAGAUUAGAGCUUGCCAGAAAAUCUCUGCUGGUCCGAAUUUCAUUACCCUGUUAUCAGAGAAAUAUGGCUACUGCCCUCUGGCGCCUGUGAUGCCCUCUGAUGAGCUCCAGAUGAUACAUGCCAAUUGCAACAGUACUGGUAAAGAUUUACUGGACAAGUGGUACAGACUUGAUACCAACUGCAUUCCGGCAUCAUAUAUUUUGCAACCCGUCUCCACAUGGAUUCACGGUUUUUUUACUGAAGGCGAUAAGAAAGUGAGAAAACAGGCACAAGAUGAUUGGGCUAGAGACUGUACAGCUCUCAAAAACGCCAUUGUCACAGCGAUUCAUAAGGCGCAUAGCGAUCAAGCAACGGUGCAUAAGUACACUCGCUCAGUUUGUGAGAUGGAAUUAGAAGAGGGACUUCUUAAACCUUCUGUGGAUAAAUCAAAGUGCCACUGGUUCCAGCGUGAGUUCACAGACCUCGACCCGGCUUCUGGAGGCAGUGCUUUGUCAAGAUAUAUGGACACGACUAUUGGGGACGAGAUCACGGACCGGAUGAGCAUGUUACAACAGCUGAAAUCGUCAAUGAAGCAAAUCUUGGGAAUAAACAACAUGCUAGUAUACAAAAUCAAGUGGACCAAGAAAGGCAUUGACCCUACCAAUGACGAGCAUAGACAGUACCUGAAUACCUUUUGCCGGGACUUCCAGCGAGUGCUAGAGACUAAGAUAACCCAGAGUAUCUCAGAGAACACGAGCAGCGAGAUCGAGAGUCCGAUAUACGAGGAGGUUGUUCAGCACAUGAUGUUCUGUCAGUCCAAGCUGGACAUGUUCCACGGUAGGCAGGCCGUGUUAAAUUCCAUCGGGGAUUAUCUCCGAGAUGGGCUUAGACAGCCUUUAGUUCUCCAUGGCUGUUCUGGCUGCGGCAAGACGUCAAUAAUGGCGAUGGCGGCAAAAUGCGCGAGAGACUGGAUUCAUCCGGAGGCGUGUGUCGUUCUCAGGUUUCUGGGUACCACCCCAAAGAGCUCUACGAUUCGUCGCCUGAUGAAGUCUAUUUGCGAACAGAUCAAGUGUGUCUAUCGCCUUACUACUUCUAUUCCGCAGGGUUUGAAAGACAUGGUCGAGUUGUUUCCGUCAUUGCUGGCGUCAGCGACGGCCAAAAGGCCACUCCUUGUGCUACUGGACUCACUGGAUCAGUUAUCACCUGAGGAUGGAGCAAGGCUACUCGACUGGUUACCAAAACAUCUCCCUGGUCACUGCAAGAUGAUCGUGUCAACCCUUCCCGGAGCUCAGUAUAGAUGCUUUCCUAAAUUGAAGGCGAUGUUCAAGAAUGACAAGCUCUUUAUCUCCGUGCCGUCGCUGCCUCAUAGUGACGUAUCUGACAUUCUCUCCAUGUGGCUCCAGCAGUCAGGACGAACCUUGCAGCCGGCGCAGCGUGACCUGGUGAUGAGCGCGUUUAGUCAGUGCCCACUGCCGCUCUUCCUCAAGAUCUCGUUUGACGAGGCUUGUCGUUGGCACUCGUACACGGAUCCAGGGCAGACGAGACUCUAUGGCAGUGUGAGGGAUGCUAUUAAUGGACUGUUAGAGCGCAUAGAGGCCAAACAUGGGAGGAUACUGGUCCAGCAUGCACUAGGCUACCUCACCGCAGCCCGCAGUGGCCUGACGGAGACGGAACUGGACGAUAUCCUGUCUAGUGAUGAUGAAGUUCUUGAUGAUGUGUUCCAAUACUGGACACCACCCAUCCGCCGACUGCCCCCCUUGCUAUGGGUACGGAUACGAGCAGACCUCGACUCCUAUCUCGUAGACAGGGGGUCGGAGGGUGCGCGCGUUACCUACUGGUACCAUCGCCAGUUCAUAGAGGCCGCAAGAGAUCGAUACCUAGCAGACUCUGACACCAAGGCCAAGCUACAUUCCAACAUGGCGGACUACUUUAUUGGCGCGCGACCUUAUGAAGUUGAGAAUUCCCUUGGACACUUGGUGCGUUCGAGCCGCGUCCCGCCGCAACCUUUAAUGCUAUCUCGACAUCUGUACAAUCUCCGGAAGCUGCACGAGCUUCCGUACCAUUUAAUUCAUAGUGGAAGGCUUCUAGAUCUGAAGAGACAUGUGCUUUGUAACUUCGAAUGGCUUGAUGCAAAACUACGAGCGAGAUCAAUCAGGGCUCUCCUGGAUGACUUUGUCCUUGCAAGACAGACCUGUCGAGACUCGGAUGUAAUGGCUAUUGAGGAUAUUUUACAACUUGGCCAGGACGCUAUCGUUUUGGAUCCAUGCCAACUCUCUUCACAAAUUGCCAGUCGUUUGUAUGAUUUACGUUCUCUUUACGUGGUCGCCAGACGUAUGAAAUUUAACUGGUUCGAAAAAAAGAACUAUUUAUACUUUUUAACUUUUACUUACCUAGAGAGUAGCUUGUACGUACUUUUAUGUCGCCUGUCGUCUCAGAGUCUUGCAGGCCUACUCCGUGAUGCUCUGCAACCCUGUGUGCCUUCCCUUGUGCCCUCGCGAGCGUUUCUGACGCCACCUGGAGGUCAACUGACCCAGACGUUAGUCGGUCACAGCAAAGGCGUCUAUGGGCUAGCGGUCACCGCAGAUGGCUCAUGCGUGGUGUCAGGGAGUGAGGAUGGAUCAGUUAAGGUAUGGUCGGCAAACGACGGAUCAAUCCUGGUUACCAUUGAGGACAUUGGUGAGGGUAUUGGCGCUAUCCAAUGCGCAGAUUCUGACAGGUGUGCUGUGGUUUCGUCAACAAAAGGAAUCACUGUCUUUGAUAUUAGCACAGGAGAGGUCUUGGCAAGGGAUUGUGUUAGGGGUAUGAAAUGGUGGUGUAUGGUAUACAGACAUUUUCGAAAGAAGAAUGAUCAAAAUGUGUCCUUAUUCUUUUUUUCCUCAUCUAGCUUCAGAACUAAGUUCUUUAAUUCCUCUCCGCUUUUCUGUUUGGCGGGCGAAAACAGCGGCAUCAUCGCAUUCUUCACAGAAGAAAGCCUUGAAAUAGUGGACGUGCCAACUGGAAAGCAGAAAGCCCGGUUCACUGAGCUCCUCCCCGUGGGGAAGUCGGGACAGAACACAGUGCUGAGUGCUGGGGAGCUCUUCAUUCUUUGUAACUCGGCCAAACUUGAAAACUCCUUACAUGUCAUAGAUGUCGACACCCUUACGGAGACGCACUCUUUCGAAGUGUUUGAUCAGGACGAUGAAGACAGCUUUCUACACCUCACGGACAUCACCCUGAAAGGCGACAUGCAAGUGCUAGUUGCCAAGAAGAUGCGCAUUGACGUGUACGACAUACUCAGCGGAUGCAAACUAAAGAGCAUGCGUGGUAAGCUUGAUGACUGGAUAAGCAAUAUGUCUCUCUCGCCGAAUGACGACCUGCUUGUAUUCCCAAAGAGAGAGAAAGUCGUGAUUCUGGACCUCGAGCGGGAUGAGAGACGCGAAGUCCUUCGUCAUGCCAACUACGUAUCGAGGGUGCUUGUCGCAUCCAAUGACGUCGUCGUGACGUCGGGAGGGGAUUGCGUGAUUCGUAUAUGGGAUUUGUCACGCGAGGACGUUAACCACCGAGUUGGUAGACCCGAGACGGUAGUCUCCGUGAACCCCAUACCUGACGACCCGUAUCACGUGAUAACAGUAGGGCGACUCGGUAUGGACGAUCAUGUGGUCACAGUUUGGAAUUUAGCAACGUCACUUCCUGUACGUAGAGUGACGAAUGUGGCGGCUAGUUACUUGAAGGUAGUCGACUCUGAGAGUGUGGUGCUGAGGGUGGUUGAUAGGGUGGUUGUUGUAGCUUUGAAAACCUUUCGUGUGCUUCAUGUGUUGCGGGACUGUAAGUUACCGGAUUUUACUUACGCCGGCACACCCGAUCUGUGUUUAGUGAAAUAUAAGAAUUGCCAUGAACUCCUGACCUACUCACUCGACCAGAAAAGCGUGUGCACUUACUCCCUCGGUACAGGCGAGCUCUCAGGUCAGAUGAAGAACCCUCGGUCGGGGUACAAGAUCCAGGCCUUUAUCGUGGACGCUUCAGGGCAUUUCAUGGCGAGUAACGACGAGCCACUAGAUGUGAUCUUCAUCUGGGACGUGGUUAGACGCCAGAUGCUAUUCAAAGUAGACCGCACAGGUUACGCCCGCUUCGUACUGACGCUCGCCAGCUUCACUCCAGACGGAAAUGAGUUUAUUCUUAGCAUUCGCCGCGAUGACAAGAACGACUACAUCCGCCACCCAAGCGUCUGGCAUGUGCAUACUAAGAAAUUGCUCCACGACCUUCGUUAUGAAGGGGAUACUGACUCGCACUCGCUGGCCGUCAUCAGCAAGACAAGGUGUAUCACAUCUCAUAAGGAUAUGCGCAUCGUCAUCUGGGACCAUAGCAACGGCACAGCACAGUACGUCUUGCCCAGCACACACUAUGGCUGCCGCGUGGACGUGUUGAGCUCCGGUGGACGCUACGCCCUGUCCCAUGACGAUAAAACCAUUGUGCUGUGGGAUGUUGUCGAUGGUCGUCAAGUCUGCACUUUUACCGCGGAAAGGAUCACGGCGAUCCUGCCAGUAGGCGAAGGGGACCUUAUUGCUCUAGGAUGUGAACAGCCCUUGUCAUUAGUAGCCCUUCGUCUUCAAGCACGUCAUAUGAACGCAGUUAUGAGUGAUACGGGGGAUAUCACCUCUUGGGGGAAUCCUAAGCUGGAUAUCGUGUUUGAGGAACCUGAAAAACAAAACUUAGGUGUGGAUGAACGAGCAUGCGUUGUCGAGGAGAAAGAUGUCAUAUAUAAAUAAAGAUCAUACUACGGUGAAUAGACCACAA